AUGGCUGGAAAUAUCGAACCCGAAUCAGGUCCCCAGGCCCUGACAGUCGGAAGUUUUCGCCAUUUCCCCGAGCUGCGAGCCUCCACAGACGAUUGGACAGGUAUCAGCAGCACCGCGGAGCGCAAGAAGCUGCAGAAUCGCUUAAAUCAGAGGGCUUGGCGCCGCAGACAGAAGUUUCAACGGACAGCUGAGGGCUUGGGUCCCACGCCGGCUCUCAGCAACACAUCCAAUACCCUUACCAAAAAGGAAGACCUCUUCCCGGUGAUCUCUUCGGCCAUGAAAACACUAUUAGACGGGCCGUACAUGAUUGACAAUGAUAGGAAGCGACAAGUUGCUAUCAGUCUGAUAAGACGAGCCCAUGAAGAAUAUUCUCUUAAAGAUCCUCGCCCAGCCAGCCUACCAUUUCUCGUCCGGCUCAAUCUUCUGAACGCGUUAGCAAAUAACGCAUAUAAAAUCGGCUUAUCGCCAUGUUCUUUAUGUAACGACGAUAUUAUAUCGCCCUUCAACUUCGCUGGCCCUGAUCAGACGUGGCAAACAAUACCCAGGACCGAGUGCCCGGAUACACUAACACCAACCGACUUACAAAUACAAGUUAUUCACCAUCCAUGGAUCGACCUAAUACCCUUCCCCACACUGCGAAACAAUCUCCUCAGGGAAGUCGAUGCUGGCACUGUGGAUGACGAUGACCUAUGCUGUGAUCUGAUGGAUAUCAGUGACUCGGAUCCAAAUUUGAUCAAUAGGCCGGCGAUGAUUGUUUGGGGCCAAGCAUCGGAUGAUAAAGUUUGGGAAGUAAAUGCAGCGUUUCUGCGAAAAUGGGGGUUCCUCGUUAAAGGCUGUCCCGACAUCAUUGCAUCGACCAAUUCCUGGAGGGCCAAAAGGGGAGAAGGACCAUUGAUUUUUGAGACUUGA